GACGGAGUUGUGAACGCUGACUGUGAGGGGUGGCUGACAGUGGAGACACCGGGCACACCGGUGGCUUGCCGCCGCGCACUUCGGCAAUACAAAACGAACACCCACUUGACCACGGUUUCAGGAAUAAGCAGAUAAGAAGAUGCCACCUAAAAAGCGCAACUCUGUGACUACACAGAACAAGGAGCUGAAGUCCGGUGCUGAAAGUCCAGACAAGAAGGAGAGUCCUGAGUUAUCUGUGAAAAAACACAGAGACAAGGAUGCUGGGUUUGUGACCCUGUGUAAGAGCCUUCAUGUGACAGACCUGGUGUGUGACCGCGCCUGGACGCUGUGGAAAACUGUUCAAGAGUCUAUGGAUGAAGUCACUGACACUCAGAAAAGGCUGUGGGGGGCUUGUCUGUUUGUGUCAGCGACAGACAUGGAUGUCACUUGUUUCACCUUAACUCAGGUUUUGAAAGCAGUCAAUCUGAACGUAAAGCAGUUUUUAGCUCUGGUGAGGAAGUUGGAUGUGAACUUGGACACUAUAAGCACCAAGGUUAAUUCAGCACUGAUGCGACUGGAGAAGAAGUAUGAUGUGACGCUGGCUCUCUACCAGAGGUUUGAAAAAACAUGCAAGAAAAUCUUUGCUUUGGUUUCUGAUGGCAAGGACAGGGAGACCAUGCGGAGCUGCUGGACAAUGUUUCUUUUGGCCAAAGGAAGGGUCUUGCAGAUGGAGGAUGACCUGGUCAUAUCAUUCCAGUUGCUGCUUUGUACACUGGAGUUAUGCAUCAAGCGCUGCCCUCCAGACCUUCUACAGCCUCUUUACAAAUCAGCUAUCAGCAAAGUUCAGAGCCCACCGACACGAACAUCUCGUCGGAACCAGAGCAAAGCCAAAUCCCGACCUCCGGAGCCAGAGGUGGAUUUGCAGCUUCUGAAAACCUUGUGCAAUGAGAAUGAAUGCAAUGCAGAAGAGGUGAAGAAUGUAUACCAGACCAGCUUCUCUGCUUUCCUGGACUCACUGGAUCUUUCACGAUCUCCUGAUUUUCCUCAGGUUAAUGACCUCAACCAACAAUAUGAAGAUUUCUACCUCAAGAGUAGAGACUUCGAUGGACGGCUGUUUUUUGAUGGAGAUGAGACCAUUCUUGCCCCUAAAGUUGAGAUAUCGCAGGUGGAGAGAACGCCAAAGAAGAACAUGCCAGACGAAGAUGCUGUACUUAUCCCUCCCCAGACUCCAAUCAGAGCUGCCAUGAACUCGAUUCAGCAGUUGAGGGGAGAUCUCCCUUCCAGUGGGGACCAGCCAUCUACUAACUUGGCUACAUACUUCAAAAAUUGCACCGUGGAUCCGACGCAAGACAUGUUGAAGCGUUUAGAGACACUCGGACAGGUGUUCAGCCAAAGGUUUGGUCAGGCAGUUGGCCCGCGCUGUGUCGUACUUGGCAGACAGAGAUUUACCCUCGGUGUCAGACUGUAUUACAAAGUCAUGGAGGCGAUGCUGAAAUCGGAAGAGAAGCGACUGUCUGUGCAAAAUUUCAGUAAACUCCUCAAUGACUCUACUUUCCACACAUCACUUUUGGCCUGCGCUUUAGAGGUGGUCAUGGCAACAUAUGGAGAGAGCAGUUUUAAGACUGGAGGAUACAAUUGUGGUGGGGGUAGCAGUGGUUGUGACCCAGCAGAAACAAAUGUGUGUUUCCCCUGGAUACUGGAUGUGGUCAACCUCGCCGCCUUUGACUUCUACAAAGUCAUCGAGAGUUUCAUCAAGGCCGACCCCACUCUGAGCAAAGACAUUGUCAAACAUCUGGAGACCUGUGAGAACCUUAUCAUGGAGAGGAUUGCAUGGAGGACGGGCUCCGUUUUGUUUGAGCUGCUGAAACAGGAGCACGAGGGUGGAGCAGCAGAACAGAUUGAGACCCCAGCCAGUUUCAGCCAACCACUGCAGCACAACCACACCGCAGCUGACCUAUAUCUGUCCCCUGUGCGUCCGGGCCAUCGUGUCUUGCCUCCUGAGUCCCCAGCCACGCCCACCUCUCAAACUUCCUCUCAGCCUCCGACCCAGCCUGCCGGCCCGACUCCUCGGCUUCCAAAGUCCAACUCUCUCAGCCUCUUCUAUAAAAAAUUGUACCGACUGGCCUACACAAGGCUGAAGAUGCUCUGCUCCUACCUGCUGUCCUCCCACCCCGAACUGGAGCCCAUCAUAUGGACCCUGUUCCAGCACACUCUGCAGCACGAGCAAGAGCUGAUGAGAGACCGUCACCUCGACCAGUUGAUGAUGUCAGCCAUGUAUGCCAUAUGUAAAGUGAAGAGCGUUGAUCUGCGCUUCAAGACCAUUGUCACAGCUUACAAGAACAUGCCCAACACCAACCAGGAGACCUUUAAGCAUGUAUUGAUCACUGAGGGCCACUAUGACUCCAUCAUUAUCUUUUACAACCAAGUGUUCAUGCAGAAGCUGAAAACCAACAUCCUGCAGUAUGCGUCUACCAGGCCGCCUACACUCUCUCCAAUCCCACAAAUACCAUGCAGCCCCUACAAGUUCCCCAAUUCGCCUCUACGUGUGCCUGGAAGCAACAAUGUGUACAUCUCCCCCAUGAACCCGGGUAUGAUGACUCCUCGCUCCAGAAUGCUGGUAUCAAUCGGUGAAUCUUUUGGGCUGUCAAAUCGGUUCCAGAGGAUCAACCAGAUGGUCAACAGCAGCGAUCGCUCCUUUAAGAGGACUCUAGAUCCCGGCUCCACUCCAAAGCCUCUGAAGAGGUUACGAUUCGAUGUAGACGGGCAAGAUGAAGCCGAUGGCAGCAAAUCUGAACGAGAUUCUACGCUGAUACAGAAGCUCACAGAUUUGAGCUCCACUCGGAGUCGCAUGCAUGAGCAGAAGAUGAAGGAGGAUGCAGAAUCAAGGAAAGAGUAAUUCCAAAACCUACUGAACUGGCCUGCACUGUUUAUCACAAAAUGAACACUACUUUUUGUUCACACACAAAGUGAAACAGGAGUUUCUUUGUACAUUUAGCAUUCGAUUUUAGUUUGUAUUUAACUUUGUCUUUGAAGAGUAAUAUGUGAAUAUAGAGGAUGUUCUCAUUUUGUUGAUGCUUUAACUGAGUGUUUUAACAGAAUAAUGAUUUCAUUUGAAUUUUGACCUGUUGGAUAUUAAGUAUGUUUGGUUUUAAGAGUGGUAUUAAUUUGUGUGUGAAUCAUUGUUUUCACUCUUACGAAUGUUCUCAUCAAGAGCAUUGUUGAGAUACACGGCUGGUUUGCUUAUUGUUAAAUAAUUGUGUUAACAACCAUCAGGACCUUCAUAUGUUGACAUUUUUCUUUUAAAAUUUUUUACUUUUCUUAUGUUUUAAAUCAUGAUGCAACAUUUCAAGUGAUUCAUGAUUACUCUCAUCAAAAAGGAUAAAAUGUCAGCCUCCGAGGGAAAUCAAUGUCUUUCCAUGUAGCAGUUUACAUUUAAUGUGACUUUUUACUCUGGAACUUGCGUAACCUCUUGGGAAAGUUUUGUUUGUGCCAUAAAGUGAGAACUAUGAAACAAGAUGAAAUCUCACUUAAAGGAAAGUUACACAGUAUAUGAUUUGCACUCAACCAAAAUUACACAUGAUUUGAUUACAGGUAGUGCUUCUCUUUGGUGUAAUAUAUUUAGUUUUAUAGCAACUUUGGUUUUGUACUUUUGGGUGGUAAAAAAUAUACAUACAAGACAUGCAACUCUUACUGUGUUUCAACUAAAAGAAUAUUUUGUUAAUGUUUUAAGUCACAUUUUUCAACACAAUGCUUUAAGUUGUUUGAAAUGGCUUAUAGAAGAUUCUUAGAAAAGGGGAAAGAUUUACAGCGAUAAAUACACACCACGUAGUGCAAAUGAAUAUGUAGACUUCACUCCAGAAAAAUGUCACGGUAAAAUACUACUAGAAAUGUCAAUUAACAGAAUUUAAAAAUUUAAAUGUUUAUUGUACUUUAAUAAAGUAGUUUCUUAAAAUAGUAAAUAUCUGUAAUCUGA